GUAAUAGUGACUUCCUUCCCGUUGUUUUUAGUGCUGCUGCUGAGGGUAAUUUACUUGUUAUUGUUCGCAAGCUGGUUCUUUCACAAACACAGACAGAUGAUAGUGCACUGAGACACGCUUCAAAUACGUGCAAGGAAGCGCGCCCACGAGCGAGCAACGAUCAUAAACUGAACAGACGGAAAUAUGAACGAUGCGGAUUCAGCCACGAGGAAGCACGCGAGUUCCCGAGAGUUACAGACACCCAAGAACGAGGAUUCCUAUGAAAUCUCCAUUCCCUUUGAAGACAACAACUUUGAGCAGCAGGGAGGCUUCUACAACCAAAAUGACCAGAACUUUGAUGGUCAGUUCAGUAGUGAUCCGCCAGCACCGAGCAACUCGUAUCUGUUGAUCACUAAUUUGCGGACACAACUGCAGAUCUCGCUGGAGAAAAAUUCCUGGCUGCAGAAGCGCAUUGAGGACCUGGAGGAGGAGCGGGACUUCCUGCGCUGCCAGCUCGAUCGGUUCAUCUUCUCAACCAAGAGUCAGGAAAGCAACGGUAAUGAUUCCAGGAGUUUUUCUUGGAGAAGGAGAAGAGAAAAUGAUCGGGAUCAACAAGCAGAGAGCCAGCGGUUGGCAAACCGUCAAUCAUUCCAGCAGAGGCCAACCCAACAGACUUCAGCCAACUCCAAGGCCUUGAGCUCUGUUCCCGGUGCCGUCAGUGCUCAGAUAAGUUCCAUGUUCGGACCCCCCCACCCUCAGCCGCUCCUGCAGGGCCACGGUGGCGGCAGCACCAGCAGCAGCUGCAGUAGCAACAACAGGUCCCUCAAUGAACUGCAAGAAUCCCUCUCUCUUCUGGGAGAUGAAGAGGAUGACUAUCUCGAGGAUAGCUACCUGGAGGAAGAGGAAAUGAUGUCAGGAGAGGAUGUGAUAACAGACAGCAUGUCCCUCCGGAACAUCGGCGCAGCUGGAAGACCCUCCGGCAGUCAUCCAGCUCUGAAGAGGAGGAGGGUUUUCAGAAUUGCCAGAGGGAGGGAAAGACAGAGAGUGAAAGACGCAGCAGGUGUAUUGUUCCGCUAUAAAAAGAUCCUGGUGACAUACCAGAGGCUAAAGAAUAUGUCCAAGGCCUUCCAGAUCCAUGGUGUGGAUCGUAAUACGGUGGCCUCGACCACACCCAUUGCUGAGCUUCUGCUGGUGGCCCCAGAGAAGGUGGCUGAGGUGGGCGAGUUUGACCCGUCUAAAGAAAAGCUUCUGGACUACGCCCGACGCUGUUACAUCGCCCUCGACCCACAGACUCUCGGCAAAGUGCAAGCUCUGAAGAAGAACAACCUUCUCCUACCCAUCUCAUACAGGUUGAAAGGAACGGAUAAUCGAUAAUUAGAAGACUUAGUGGAGUGAUUCUCAUCCUUCUGUACAGUGAAACCCCUUCACUAUUUUAAUGUACCACAGAACACACAUCUACCAUCUCAAUCUCCACAUUGUGCUGUUCAGAUCCACUGUGCUCUGAACCAAGUCUACUAUUAUUACCUCUGUUUCCUCACUCAUAGAGCUAGAUGCUCACAGCUGCGGUUGGGCUGCACACUUAUGCUUUCAGGUUCGCUAUUUUUGGAAGAGAACUUGGUUCUCAAACCCACAAAAUGGACUUCAUAGUAUCUGUUCAGGGGUGCGUUUCCCAAAAGCAUGUUGGUAACGAUGGAACUUGCGACCAUAGUUGUUGUCGGGAAACGCAGCCCUGAUUGAUUGUUGCUAUGGUUGAAGCUAGGGAUGCUAACGAUUAAUCG